CCCACAGGAGUGAGUGAGAGCUGCUGCAGGAGGAAAGGGGUUAACAGGGAGGAGGAGGAGGAGUGAGUCUCACUGACACACUGGCCGCAGUACUGACAGACGCACAGCACGGAGGGUGUCCGUCUUCUCGGUUAAAGCUCGAGCGCUUGUAAUUCGCCCUGUUUGCACGCGCGUCUCAGGAGACGGACAUGACGCGCGCGCUGCUCUUCACUGCACCCGGCUGAUGCCUUUUUUAUUUUUUUAUUUUAAAAAAAAAACACGUUUGUUUCUUGGCGUGUACUGCGUGUCUACUCUUCUGGAUUUACAGGAUGCUGAAUUAAUUACGAUAAGCAGACACAGUGCGUAGACGAGGAGGAGGCGAAAAUGCUAGGCAGCGGCGGAAGUGGCGCGCGCGCGGUGCAGGUGGAUGGCCGACCUGAUGCUACUGAGAGAUAGAUAGAGCGACAGAGAGAGGGACAUACAGAUAUAUAUAUAUAUAUAUAGAGAGAGAGAGAGAAAUAGAUAUUGUGAGAGCGAUUGUGUGCUUGUGCAUGCCAUGCUGCACUAGCCCGUGUGUGUACGCUGUGAUCGCCAUGCUGCCCGGGGUCGGGGUGUUCGGCACCAGUCUGACAGCGCGGGUGAUCAUCCCGCUGCUUAAGAGUGAGGGUUUCUCCGUGGAGGCGCUGUGGGGCCGCACGCAGGAGGAGGCCGAGGAGCUGGCCAAGGAGAUGGACGUGCCCUUUUACACCAGCCGCAUCGACGACGUGCUCCUGCACCAGGAUGUGGAUUUGGUGUGCAUCAACCUUCCACCGCCGCUCACCCGCCAGAUCGCCGUCAAAACACUGGGUAUUGGCAAGAAUGUCAUCUGUGAUCGCACAGCCACACCGCUGGACGCCUUUCGCAUGAUGUCAGCAGCGCAGUACUACCCCAAGCUGCUGAGCAUUAUGGGUAAUGUUCUGCGAUUUCUUCCAGCUUUUGUGCGCAUGAAGGAGCUGCUAGAGGAGGGCUAUGUGGGAGAACUGCUGGUCUGUGAAGCACAGGUGCACGGCGGUAGUCUUUUGGGCAAGAAGUACAACUGGAGCUGCGAUGACUUGAUGGGCGGUGGAGGACUUCACUCUGUGGGCAGCUACAUCAUCGACUUGCUCACAUUCCUGACCAGCCGGCGUGCCAUCAAGGUGCAUGGUUUCCUCAAGACUUUCAUAAAACAGACGGACCACAUCAAGGGCAUCAGACAGAUCACCAGUGAUGACUUUUGCACUUUUCAGAUGGUGCUGGAAGGAGGAGCCUGCUGCACCGUGACUCUCAACUUUAACGUGCCGGGUGAGUUUCGGCAGGAGGUGGUUGUGGUUGGAACGGCUGGACGACUCACAGCGAGUGGCACUGACUUGUAUGGGCAAAAGAACAGUGGCAUGGAAGGCCCUGAGCUACUGCUCAAGGACAGCACACCUUUAGGCAAUGCCUCGCUGCCUGAUAAGGCCUUCAGUGACAUCCCGACGCCCUACCUCACUGGCACCAUUUACAUGGUCCAGGCUAUACGACAGGCCUUCCAGGGGCAAGAGGAUCGUCGGACUUGGGACGGACGGCCACUCACCAUGGCCGCCACUUUUGAGGACUGCUUAUAUGCUUUGUGUGUGGUGGACACAAUCAAGAAGUCCAACCAGUGCGGUGAAUGGCAGAACAUUGUAGUGAUGACGGAGGAACCUGAGGUCAGUCCAGCGUAUCUGAUCAGUGAGGCCAUGCGACGCAGCAGAAUGUCACUGUACUGCUAGAGCUGCUUGACUAAUGACUAAAUAAAUGUGGUUGCAGUUUGGAAAUUAAUUACUGGGAUUUACUUUGGAGUUAAAACAACACCUGCUGAAUUUUAUGGUUUUAAAUUGAAGGAAUGAUCAGAAAUGCAAACAGCAAUAUACUCUUUCUGCUUUCUCUGAACGACACUGCUUCUAAAAGAAAUCACACUGGAUUCAUGGAGGAUAAGUUGAAAUAGUACAGCAGAUUUUUUCAACACUGGAAUACCACUCAAAAAAACAUUAAGCUGUGGAAAAUGUUAUGGUUUUGUCCUUCUUGCAUGGUGAUGAGUGUGCAAACCCACUGGUCUGUCCUGUGUAAGUGUCCUGUGUGUGUAGAACAUUACAAAAAUCAAUAGUUUGGCUGGUAGGCCUUUUAGAGAGGAUCUCCCCUCUAAUCAGUUACGCAAUAAAUCUGCCUAGAUAUGCUUGCAUUCUAAAAUACAAAGGAAUGGCUCGUUUUUUUUUCAGCUGCGCCUGUAAAGGACAGUGUAAUUCCAGCAUGUGCAAGUCUACCGUUCAUUUAGCCACUAAUUCUGUCCUUCAGCUCUUACACAAAGCUGGCCAGCUUGUUUUGAAGCUUGAUGCAUUCUGUGUGUGAUGCAAAGCCACACUUGCAUGAAUAUAUAAGGGCUGUAAAUCUCAUCUCAAAUAAUUAGCGUUGGCCUUUGGUUAAUACAGCGUGGGUAGGUGUUCCAGCAUGCAGCUGCCUGCACUGUAACAGUGUCGCAGUUGGCAAUAAUUACUAUAAUUAUGGUUGAAGCAAACAAGUGGUAAAUGUGGCAGACGACACAGAAUAUAAAGCAAAAUAGUAAACAUCCCCAUUGUUUUAUAAAUUUAUAGUUAGCGUACACUAAGUGUCAUUGGGCUAUUACAUGGCAGAAACAGUUACAUGAACAAUGUAUAAUACAUUUUGUUUACAUGGUCAGGUUACAAAUCUGAUACAGUUUAAUGCCAAUUUUACACUUCAUAGCUUUCAUCCGUAUGCGCUAAGGUAGAUUUAGGAGUUCUGAUGACGUGUCAUGUUUAGAUUUUAUGUCCAGCCAUGUUCCUGCACUUUCUUGAGCACUAGACAUAGGUGAGUCAGUUGUAAGCAUAAAAAUAUGUAUACCAAAAUAUAUUCAAAACAAUGCAAAACCUAAUUACUACGCACUGCUUGGUGAUGUCUUGAUGGUAAGAUGAUCCCAAAUUAGCUAUGUUUUUAGUGCAUACUUUUAAUAGAA